AUGGUCAUCGGAACUGGUCCUGAGGUCCACAGUCCUCCUGGCACAGGGACACAGGGACAGAAAGAGGCUGUCUACAAUGGGAGACUGUGGGAGGAGUGUGGAUUUGCCAAACACUGGAACUCUUUUGAGUUGACACUGCUCUCUGACCAAGUGAUAAUCACACCUGGCCAUGCUGAUGACAGAACUGGUGCCUGGGAAGGACCAAACCCUAUUCCCAAGUCAGCCAUUGAUUUGGCUAGUAUUUUCUAUGGAUCACAUGUAGGAAAGUUGGGGGACAAGUUGUUAGGAGGACAGGAAUAUAUGGACUCAAACAAAUACAUAGAGCAUUUAGUGACUCAGCUGGAAGAACAACGCUGGAAUUUAUGGAGGCAAAAGCUGUCUGUGGCUCGGCUGCAGCGAGAAGUUGCACAAAGUAAGAGUGAAGGAGCAAUGCGUGAGAAGCUGAUACAUGAGUUGGAGGAAGAAAGACAUUUAAGACUUGAGAGUGAAAAAAGAUUACGGGAGGUGACACUGGAGUCGGAGCGUAGCAGAGCUCAGAUGCGUGGGCUGCAAGAACAGUUUUCCAGAAUGCAGGAGACAGUGAGAAAUCUACUACAGAGCCAAGGAUCCCCAGGCCAGAAUGGAGAAGGAACUGUCAAUAUCAUGAAGGUAUAUCAGGAAAAGCUGUCAGAAGACAGUAAGAAAUGUAAAGACGGCAUGGAAAAAAUUAACACGCCAGCAGAUGAAGAUUCAAGAAGUGAAAGCAGCAGCACUGAAGAGGAAAAAGAAAAGACAAAAUUGCUAUUGGAGCGUUUGAAAGCUCUGGAGGCAGAGAAUUCAGCGCUGGCUCUGGAAAAUGAAAAUCAGAGAGAACAGUAUGAAAGAUGUCUUGAUGAGGUAGCUAAUCAGGUUGUUCAGGCUCUACUUACUCAAAAGGAUCUGAGGGAGGAAUGUAUAAAGCUGAAAACAAGAGUUUUUGAUUUGGAACAACAGAAUCGAACAUUAAGUGUGCUUUUCCAGCAGAGAGUCAAACCAGCUUCUGACCUCCUUCUUCAGAAACUCCAUUCACGCAUCUUAGACCUCUCAUCUGGGGAUUUGCUUUCAGAAGUAGAACGAAACAGAAGCCUGAUGCAAUCUCGAACUGCUGAUGCUCAGAUUCACGAAUGCCAGCAGAAUGUGAAAUCCAGUAUACCUGUCUUGAAAUGCCAGAGUCAAUUAAAUAUGACAGGUCCUAGCCGCCUGUAUCCCCGGAGCAGCUGCAGCAGCAGUGAACUCUCCCUCUCAAGUGCUUGCAGUGAAUAUUCCAGUGGUUCCUCCUACACUUGGAAUGAUGGGAAGACAUGCAGCAAAAGGUUAUCCGUGAGCUGGGAUAAAAGAAUAAGCAUUGGUUCUUCGCUCCCAAGCAAUCUCUCAAGUCCUGCAGAUGAUCUACCUCCAACUCGUAUCAAGGAAAACCAUAUCUUAGAAGGGCUGAAGAAAUUACAGAAGCAAAAAAUAUUACUUGAAUCACCUUCAGUAAUAUCAAAAUGGGGUUACAAAGAUUGCAUGAACUCUAAUGAAGGAAUAUAUUCCCCUGGAGUUAAAUGUGGCAGCCAUAACGAACAGACUCAUUGUAAGCCAAUGGAAAUAGGAAGUAUUUGCAUUGAACGUAACAAAACUUUCUCUUAUGAUUCAGAUUCGCAUGAUGACGCAGAGGACGACUCUUCAUCCCUACUGUUGCUGCAGGAAGUACCAAGCAAAGACUGCAGGACCUAUUGUAACAAAUUAACUCACAGCAUUUCUGACAGUCUCUUUGACUGGGAUCCUAAUAGGAAACAUUUGCCAGAAAGAAGUUCGUAUUUUAAUUCAAAGGAAAGACCUGAAAAAUUGACUAGUUUUGUCGGUGGAUUUCAGGCAGAAGUAAAAUCGUGCACCAGAACAAAGCUGCCUGAGUUACAGUUACAUCAAAGCCAUGCUGAUAUAGGCUGGAAGGACCUUAAUUUUCAGCUUUCAGAUACUGACGACAAUGAAGUGUUGGAUGAGUUGCAUAUAGAAAGCAGUGAUGAGAAAAGUCCAUCAGAUUUAUUAGCAACUCCUUUUACUGAGAGGUACACAAAGACCUCUGACAUGCUCAAAGUCACAGAGAAUUCUCAGUUUGUAUCUACUGACAAAGAGGAAAAACAGAUACCUGCUUACUCAGACAGUAGGCCAAAGACAUGUAAUUUCAUUAAACAACAAAAGGUUAUAAAAAAGACUUCUUCUGAGGAGUGCAUUACUGUAAUAUUUGACGCUGAGGAUGGUGAGCCUAUUGAAUUCAGCUCACAUCAAACUGGAGUUGUCACUGUAACAAGAAAUGAAGUUUCAAUCAACCAGCCACAAACUAGGGCCAGUGCAGAAUAUACUGAACUUAUACCUCAGGGAAUAACUGAUUUGCAGACAGGAACCAAUGCUAGAAACUACACUGCUUUAGAAAGACCUGCAGAUGAAACCGAGAAAAAGAUUCUUGAAGAUAAUACAGGGAAUAAAAAUACAGUUGUCCCCGUGACCUGCAGUGAAUCUUCACGCUGUGGAAGAGUGACACUGCAAAAUACUCCACGACAGAAACUAGUGAAGCCAGCGUAUGAUGUAUCAUACAAGGCCAAUUCAAGCUCCACUGUGCAUGCAGGAAUCAAUCAAAAGCCAAAUUUGACUAAAAUACCCAGCAGAGGUAAAUUUUCUCCAAAAAAACCUGCGAUGACAGAAAGCGAGGAGACACCUGUAGCUCAACCAGUGGGCCCUGCAACCCUUGAAAAAUCACCUGCUCUGCCACCUGUAAAGCUUUCAAGAUUCAAAAAGGCACAAAGUCCACCUCGUAAUUUUGACUCAAAAGUCGACUUCCAAGUUCCAAAGCCCCCUGCCCACCCCCUGCCCGGCUUGAAACGCCCAGUCAAGAGUCAGAGUCCAGCAUCACCACUGUUGCCUCAGCACCUUAUAGAGCCCAGUGACUAUGGAGAACCUCCAACCAGAGACUUUCAUUGUGAUUUAGCAACUGUAGAAACCCGAUCACCGUCCCCACCCCUUCCUCCAGGCAGGUCAACAUCCCUGUUGAUUCGGCCUAAUUAUGCUCAUUCACCACCUGUAGUGGUAAAGUUAGGAGGAGCUGGUCCCAGUGAAACAGCAAAAAAUAUACUGAAAUCAUCACCAUUAAAAGGAACUGUGAACUCUGGCUUUCAUAAUCAAUCUAGUCAUGAAAUGCAAGCAAAAAAUGUAUCUUCUGGGGCCAAAAUUGAAUUAUCUUACCUUCAAGAAAAUGCAGAACCAAUUAUGCAAAAUAAAUGCAUAUCUCAGCAACCCCAUAGUGCAUGCCAAGGACUUUCCAAAGUUUCCACAAAGCAAGUCUGCCCCAAACCCCCUAAUCAGCUGGGUCUCCACAGGAAUCAUGAAUUUUCCAGCACAGAUUUUCAAACAGCCAGGUCCUUUUCUCUAGGUUGUCCAUCAUUGGAAACAACUUCUUCACAAGAGGCAUAUUCCAGCAAAAAAGAUACUUUCAGUGACAGUGGGGUGGAUCAGCCACAGAAGAUGCCAAACGUUCUCCCCCCAACUCCUCAAUGUCAUACAACAAGCACAAGUGAGCCUUUACUAUCUCAGGUAAACAAUUCCUCGUUAUCAACACUGUUUCAUGGUAGUGACACUGCACAUGCUACCCAAAACUCUAAUGAGAAAGGAAUGAAAACCCGUCUCCCUGUAGGACUGAAAUUAUUUGUCAAAUCUCCCCAACUUCUCCGAAAGAGCUCUACUGUACCAGGGAAGCAGGAAAAAGACAGUAUAAAUGCAGCUUCCAAAAGUAAUGUAAGUUCAAGUAAGUACAAGCAAAAUGAAUCUAGAAGUGUAACCACUAGGGAUGCAACGGAUGCUGAAUUAAAAGAGACUACAUCUGAUACUGAAGUAAAAAAUAAUUUUACUGUGGGACUUAGUAUGGAUACAGCAUCACCUCAUUCACAUGAAAACUGCAACUUGGUGGUAGACAGAGUAGAUGGAUUAGAAAACAAAUUAGUUAAGAGAUCUGUUUCUUCUAGCAACAAGUCACACUUGAAGCCAGCUCUGGGCAUGAAUGGAGCGAAAGCUCGUAGUCAGAGUUUUAGCAUUCAUACAGGGGAAAAGCCAUCUGCCCCUGUGACAGAAGGUCUCGGAAAAGUACGGACUCAGAUUAUUACAAACACUUCUGAUAGAGGAAAUUCUCUAACAAGGCAGAACUCAGCCAUGGAAGGGCUUCAAAUCAAGGCCAUUCCUGGGUCAGCAGUGACACCAGAGACUCUUUCAUAUAAUCCUAAAACCACAGAAAAUUCUUAUUCUAGACAAGGUUCUCUUGGAAAUAUGAGUAGUUGCAAUAGCCAGCAUGGAAGCCCAAGCAAACUGCCUUUCAGAUCAUCUUCAAAAGUAGACUUGUUUCACACUUCAAAAUGUGAUGGAAACAAACCAUUUUCUCAGAAAGAUGCACGCAGUCUAUCUGUCCGGAGUGAGAAAAGCACUGAAAGUUUUAAACACGAAGCUCUAAGUAAGAAAAGCGUUUUGCCAGCAGAAUUGGAGUUAGAAGCGUCAGCUACUGUAUCUUCCAAACAAAUUUCAUCUUUUCAAAGCUCGGAUGGAAUAAAGUGUCCUCAUAAACUGGAAGCAACAAAGUCACGAAGACAGCAAAUGUCUUUAAAGUUAGCAGAAGCCUCUGAGAAGGUUACCGAUGUUUUGAGUUCACCGGCUCUACAACCUACAAUAGAGGAGAAAGUCAUGUUAUGCAUCCAAGAAAAUGUGCAAAAGGGUCAGGGACAAACCAAAUCUCCCACUGCGGAGACUAAACAAAAGACUGGGCCCUCUAUAGCUAGUUGGUUUGGCUUUCGAAAGAGUAAGCUCCCAGCACUGAGUAGCAGGAAAACUGAUGUUCCUAAAACAAAGGUAGAAAAAAAAGAUGCAAAAGUUUCGGGAUUUGGAAUUAAGCAGGCAAAAUUAGAGAGAAGAAAAGAAAAAAAGAAAACUGAACAACACUGUGAAAUAGAAAAUGAAAUUAACAGGAAAACAGACAACGGUGAUAUUUUAGCUGAUGUCAUGGAGAGCAAAAUUAUGAAACCUUCACAAGACACGCCUGGUGAGAUUGAGUGUGAACAAGUCAAAGGUUCCACCACAGCUACGUACUCACCAAAAGACAGUUUUAUGAAAGAGCUUUUAAACAGAGUUGAUAAGAAAGCAGCUCAGCAGACAGAAAGUGGAUCAAAUAAUGUUUCCUACAGGAGUGUGUCGAAGGGCAGCUCCCAGGGCUCCUCUCUUCACGGCAACUCUAUCAGCUCUCAAGGAAACCACAAGAAAAACAGCAACACAAAAGCUGAUAUGGAAAUGCAGAAUCAGACCCUGGCUAAAGUAGUCACAGAAAACCUGCAAGAAGAAGAGGAGGACACCAUGACAAGGACUACAUGUCAGAGUCAUGUGAUAGAGUCUUGCUGCCAGAUGAGGACGCUGGACAGUGGGAUUGGAACCUUCCCCCUCCCCGACUCAGGGAACCGAUCUACAGGGCGACACAUUUCUAAGCAAGAAUCAACCUUGGAAACAGAAGUCCUUGCACCGUCUGAGCAAGUUCUUCUUUCAGCUCCUUCAGUAAAAGCCAAAACUCUUGAGCGAGAAGUGCCUUCAACAGCUAACAGCCAGGAGUCUGUGGAAAGCAUAAUCAGUCAUUCAACAUCUGAUCCGGCCAUGACUGCCAAAGGUAUACGACCUUUUCAAAGUUGCCUUCCAAAACCAGCUUCCUCAGGAAUAAUUAACCUUGCAAAGCAAAGUGAACAAGAACCAAGUUCUGUGACCUCUGCCUCAUUAGAACAUACUGAAGGAACUGUGGAAAACAGAAAAGUUCUUCCAGAGUGGACCACCAAGAAAACUACUAAAACAAAGGACAGAGCUCUGAGAGUGUGUACUUAUUCUGCGAGCAGCAGUGACACUGAGCCAGAGCCAGAGUACGGAACAAAUUAUUUUAGAACUGCAGAGGAGACUUUAGUAGAGUUAACAAAGAACAACAAACAAGCUGAGCAGGAAAAACAAAAUCAGAGAAAGUCAUUUCUGGGGAACCCGAUGUCAAUCUUGGAUUUAUACCAACACAGUGUCUAUGGCCAUUUUGGAGAGGAUGGACCUGAACAAUUAACACAUUACAGUUUAAUUGAGCAGCUGAGUGGAGCUUCCAGUAAAGACAGGAAGGGCAAGGAGAGCCCAAGUAAAUUGAAGCAAACUGAAGAAACAAAAGACGAUUCCCAGAAUAGAUUAUCUAAAAUUUCCCUGGAGUCUCUCAAUAAAUUUAACAGCAAUAACGUACUUAUAUUAGAAAAAGAGAAGAACUGUCUGAACAAGGUUGAAGGACAAAAGGAAGAAAAUGGAAAGAAAGAAGCAGCUUCCUUAAAUAGCUCGGGUAGGCACGACGUGGACAAUUUAGAAUCCCUGAGCGAUUCUCUAUACGAUAGCUUCUCCUCUUGCGCCAGCCAAGGCUCGAACGAUGUAUAG